AUGACGCGUACCGAAUCUGAACAAUCAUUCCCAACUAUCCAGAGAACCACCGGAGCUCUUGCGCAGUCUGAAUACAUCGAAAUCAGCCCCGCCCUUGGACGCGAGUAUUCCGGGAUCCAACUAUCCUCCAUUAUAGACGAUAAUGCUAUUCUUCGUGACCUAGCAAUCACAGUUUCCGAGCGCGGUGUCCUCUUCUUCAAGGACCAGGAUAUUGGCCCUUCGGAUCUCAAACGCUUGGUUACACGGAUUGGCGAGGUGCUGGGCCAUCCAAAGGAGGCUGGCUUACACCGCAGUGCACUUUCAGGGCAAAAGGACAGACACCUUGGCAUUCCCGAGCAGGAUGACCCCCAUAUCCUUAUCAUCUCGUCCGAGUCUCAAAAGAAGACCCUAAAGGAUUCCCUACCAGCGCAAACAAGCAAGCUAGCAAGCUGGGGGUGGCAUAGCGACGAGUCCCACGAGAAGUACCCGCCUGCAUACACAGCGUUCAAGAUAGCCAAAAGCCCUCCGACGGGCGGUGAUACCCUUUUUGUCUCUGCGUAUGGACUUUACGAUCGGCUCUCAAAGCCAUUCCAGAAAUUCGCCGAGUCCUUGACCGCUACCCACCACGCAGCAGAGUACCUCCGCGCCCGCGAGAACGGUGUGCCCUUCGAGGAAGAUGUGCCCAGGGGACACCCGGAGAAUAUCGGCUUCGAGUUUAGGCAGUCUCAUCCAGUCGUCCGAACAAAUCCCGUGACAGGGUGGAAGAGUCUCUUUGGGGUGGGCUGGGGCUUGGUAGAUGGCUGGUACGACAAUAUGCCGGAGCAUGAAAGCAACCUGCUGAGAGAAUUUUUCCUGUCCAUGAUAACCAACUGCUCCGACCUCCAGAUCCGCAGGAAAUGGGACGACAAUGGCGUGGCAAUCUGGGACAACCGCGCUGUCCACCAUAACCCGACCUAUGACGUUGUGGAAGGGGAGAGACUCACCUUCCGCGUUACCGGCAUUGGCGAGAAGCCUUAUCUAGAUCCUACCUCUACCUCGAGGUUGGAGUUUCUCAGCAAGCAGUAA